UUGUCUGGUGACGUCACUGUUGCGACCCGGAAGAAGCGCGACCGACAAUUAGCAGAUGUAAACCGAAUCCGACCACAGACAGUAUAUGGUGACGACCAAGAAGUUUAUCUGCACGAGUACUGGAGUAGAUUAAAGGAAUGGCUCCUCGAAUGGACGAUGUCAUGCGUCUGUGCUGUGAACUUUCAGCUCACGAUCAGAUCAAAGUGGCGGUGAAAAACUCCACUAAAGGCGCCAUGGUAGCAGGAGGAGUUGCUUUUGUAGGCGGGAUGCUCGGUGGACCACCAGGGAUCGCUGUCGGUGGAGCAAUGGGCGGUCUGUUAGGCAGCUGGCUCACCAGCGGGCAGUUCAGGCCUCUCCCUCAGAUCCUGAUGGAGCUGCCUCCUCAGCAGCAGCAGAAGCUCUACAACGACGUCUUGGCUGUUUUAGGGAACCUGGACUGGACGGACGCGGCUCAGCUCGUCGCUCUGGUGAUGGGCAACGCAACGCUGCAGCAGCAGGUCACCGCUGCAUUACUCAGCUACGUCACAAAGGAGCUCAGAGCAGAGGUGCGCUAUCAGGACUGAGUCAGCGAUGCACAUGAACUUUUUAGCAGAACACUCUGCAGCACAUUUUUUAUUUCAAAUGUGAAUCAUGUAGGAUCAACUCUAAGGACUGUGCCAAGCUGCCAGAGUGUCUGCUGUAAGAAGAAGGGAAUCUGUGCACACUCAACACUUAUUUGGAUAAAAAUGGGACAUUAGCACCAAUAAUGUUUGUAGUAUUUUCCUUACUGCUUUUCAAACUCAGUCAAAUAAUGUGCCUUCUGAAUUUUUUAUUUUGAAUCAGGAUACAAUCUUCUUAUUCCCACUCUAAAUGAGUGUUUAAUGUACCUCAGUUAUACCUUUAAGACUACAUACAAUUAAACGCUGGAGAUAUUUGGCUU